GAAGGUUGCGGCCAGUUCCGCGAGCAAUUUGUCUGCGACAGUGUAUGGACGCGUGUUCACAAUUAUUCGCGCCAAUUAAACGCGCUACGAUCAGUCAUUCGCGUGACUCACAAACAACUCUUUGCGUCUGAGAGUCAGAAAAAAGUGAAAAGUGACAGUGUGGAAACCCAAACUGAUGGGAAUAAAUAAAACCUCGAAUUUAUAUCAAAACUAACUUUUACAGUAGCCACUGAAGAUGACUCGGUGUAUUUUUCCAUAAGGGAGCAGAAGUGGAACCACUGUGCAAAGUGGCGAGAGAAACAAAGAACUGACCGAUUAACACACUUGGCCAGUCUGAAACAGAAAGUCACAUAGUCCAGACGUGUUUGUUGAUUGGUGUGUGUGAUAUCAAUCAGUAUGUGAUACCGAUUAGACAACGUUCUUUCACGUGAUGAUUAACGCGACUUAAUUAUUUAUUGUCACGAAACACUGUAAAUCUUACAGUAUUGCAUGUGUAUUCUUUUGAUUAUAUUGAUUUUUAAUUUAAUAUAAUCCAUUCUAUGCUAACGUGCAAGAACAAUCAUUAUUUAUAACGUGAAAGAUGUCGGAAAGCAAAAAAAAAGAAAAUAAAAAACAGAUUCUGGAUGGUGGAUGGGGCUGGUUUGUCUGUCUUGGAAGUAGCUUAAUUACGCUCUCUUUGCGAUCCUUGGAUCCAUCCUUCGGAAUGCUUUUCCAAGAUCUGCUUGAAGAUCUCGAAGUUGACUCAACUGGAACAUCGCUCAUAAUGAGCGUUUUAGAUUCCAUUGUUAACUUUUCAGGUUUUCUAGUCGGACCAUUAUUAAAAAAAUAUUCCUAUCGACAAGUCGCGUUUUUUGGAUCUUUUCUCAGCUGCAGCGGUUUAAUUCUCACAUCAAGGGCUAAUAGUAUAACGUAUAUUAUUUGUACUUACAGUGUUUUAGGAGGUCUUGGUACUGGCCUUGCAGUGGCGUGCGCAUUCGUUGCGCUAAACACGUUUUUUGAUAAAAAACGUGGCCAGGCCGUGGGUUUUUCCAUGGCGGGCACUGCAUUGGGAAUGAUGCUCAUGCCGCAGCUGAUACACAUCUUGUUGGACUUAUACGGAUUUCGCGGUACGACGCUUAUCGCUGGAGGUUGGGCGUUGCACUCUCUCGUAGGAUCGUGUUUAUUACGUCCAGUUAAAGAACAGCCAUCGCCGAUUGAAAAAAAGACUGACGAGGAACGUGAAACCGAGGCUUUGUUGAUGAAAACAAAUCCCGCCGGUUUACGGAGGAUGUCGAACGGAUCAACGUGGACCAAGGACCAAACCGCAGACGAACCAAAAAUUCCGUCCAAGACUGCUUUGUUUUUAAAACAGAUAAUGACGAUGUUUGACCUGGAUCUUCUCAAAGAUUCUGUGUACUUGAACGUAAUUCUGGGUUGCAGUAUUUUCUACGUGGCCGAGUCGAACUUCAAACUGCUGACACCUUUCUUUCUGUCGAAUAUUGGAAUGACGAAAGCGGAGGUCGCCUUUUGCCUGUCCUUGACUGCAUUCGCCGACAUUGUUGCCAGACUGUCGCUGCCGACGCUUUUCGAUAAGUUCGGUUGGAAAAAGCGCAUGAUCUUCUGGACGUUCUGCCUCCUGAUUGGCAUUGCUCGAUCCAUAUUGGCAGAACAGUCAAAAAAGACGGCGCUGAUGAUUAUGUUCGUAAUAGUGGGAUUCGUGCGUGGCGCUAUACUGGUGAAUUUUAAUCUCUGCGUAUCGGAAUGUUGCACCUUGAAGAAGCUGCCGAGUGCUUUCGGAAUAUUUUUGGUAUUUAAGGGCUUGUGCAUAAUUACCUUAAGUCCUCUAAUUGGAUACGUCAGGGACACUACUGGGAGUUACAGGAUCUGCAUUCACAUGAUGACCGCAAUGAUAACUGUCACAUUCGUCAUAUGGGGAGUUGAAUUUGCGUUAACCGCCUUUCAGAAACGACGCCUCGCUUUAACGAACAAGUUGCAAAGGCACGUAGUGGAAUAGUCAUAAACACAAUGAUUCAACUCGAAUUUAAAAGUGAAAACCAACUACAAAAACAUAUGACAAUUAUACACAGUAUAGUUACACAAAGUUAUCCAACUUUUACAUCUGCGAGAAAAAGUUUACAUGAUAACGAGAUCAAAAAAUCAUAUUUUUUCUUUCACGCCGAAGAUCGAUGUGUGAUCAAAAAAUUGUCUGCGAUAAUCAAUCAGAUAACAUUUCUGUAUAUAGCAACAAUUUUUUUUGUCUUUAUUUACAAAAACAAUUAUCUCUUAUUAUGUUGGAUCAAGGUAUUUUCUCUGUCGACUUCGUACAAUUUGUAAUCUUUUUCUCUCUCUCUCAAAGACUGCCGUCUUAUCAAACGCUGCGGCUCUGUAUUGUAUUUUUCCACAAAAUACACAAAAAAUUAAACAAACCAGUUUUUCAUUUGCAACAUGUUUACUCUCAUGAUACGUUUCUGCUUGUUACAA